UUCAAACGGUAGUUUAUGUGAAGCGCUACGAAUUCCAACGCUCAGCAUUCUAAUUCUAAACGUCCCCGGGUACUUAUAAAAGAGUGCGCUUUGCACUUACAAAUUUUCUUCGCAUCAACUAAACUGUGGAUGUAAAGUGUGCGAAUAUUGAUAAUUGAGCUAUUUUUCACUUGAAAGAAAUCUAAAAAUGGUCAAUAACGACUUGUACAAUGAGGAUGAGCUUAAUCCGCCAGACUGGUUGAAUAAGGAAUUUUUCGAGAAAAUACUCAAGAGCGAGGAAAGUGAUAAUGUGAAGGUUACGGAUUUAGAGCUCAGGCCCGGCACACUGAAGAACGAUCACUAUGCAAGUGUUAUGUUUCGCGCCAAACUUAGCUACAGCGUGGACUCGCAGCCAACUGUGGAAAAGAGAAAUUCGUUUAUUUUGAAAGUUCAGCCGUUUGCAGAUGGCACCAAAAAGGAUUUACUCAGUGAACUGCACACUUUCACAACUGAAAUUCGUAUGUAUACAGAAGUGCUGCCUGUAAUUGAGCGUGAGCUACGGCAAUAUGGCGACGAAACCAUUUUGGGGCCAAAGCUUAUCGCCUUCAGCAACAACUGGCCCGCGUAUGUGGUUUUCGAAGAUUUGGCGCUGAAAGGCUACACCACAACCGGCUAUCGGCACGCGAGUCUAACGGAAGUGAAAGCAGCGCUGCUCAAACUGGCAAAGCUGCACGCCAUUAGCUACAAGUUGAGCCAAGAGAAAAACAACAUUUUCGCCACCAUGAAUAAGGGCUCUAUGAAUUCCAUGGACCCCAAUAACUUUGAUUUCAUCAAAAAUGCGAGUAAAUUACUCAAAGAGGUUUUAAGCGAACACGGCGAUCUGCGCAAAUACGUGCCCCACAUUGAAUCCGUCGAACACACGCUGCUGCCCAAGAUCAUCGAUAUGUUUAAUGAGAACCGUAAUGGCAAAUGCGAUGGCAUCUUUGUGCUUAACCAUGGCGAUUUUCAUAACAAGAAUAUGAUGAUCUGCAAUGUGGAUGGCGAAUUGAAGGAUCUCAUGCUGGUAGGGAUGCAUCGAGUUGGGGAAAAUAGACUAUUCUUAAUAACAUCCUUCUUGGUAUUCAGCUAUGGAUUUGUUGAUGAAAAUGGCGAUCUAGCCCAGUUGGUGGAAAACGCAGAAGCACAGAAGAGACAAUUGCAAGAUCCUAGACUACUAAAUGAAUUGCGAGAGCUGCUGCCAAAAUUCUUAUACAAUGGCUAUUUUGAGUAUUAA